CGUACCCCUUACAAGCUUCCUCUAACUUAGCAGCAGCAGCAGCAGACAAGCCGAGAUGGAAACGGGUCAGUCCGCUUCCUCCUUGUCUUUGUCGGGCUCAGCAUCAAGACAGGGCCUCUUUGCAUCGCCUUCAGGGCAGUUCGGCGGGCCAAAGGCAGGAUCAAGCAGUACAAAUGGGGUCGCAGCGUUAGCAGCGUCAGCGAACGGAGGCCCAGCGACACCGAUGAGGGCGACGCCCAGGGGCAAGAGGAACUCACUUGCCGACUUCGGUACACCGAUCAAGGUCGCCAACUCAUCUCCAUAUCGAACACCGGAACCAUCGUCGCGGGCUGCCUCGCUCCUGCUCAGGUCUCCUUUCGGCACGCCUGCUUCCAAGACUGCAACUCCCACGACGAGCGGUGUAGCUGGCGCCUCGGGUCAAGCGACGGCGGCAGGAGGGGGAGCAUCAACGCCACCCAAGCCCCUGACUGGGAGCGCUGCGGUGCUGGCGAGGAUUCAGGCGCUCGGAGGAGGUGCGAGUGUGACAAGGCCGCUCCAGGGCAAGCUCUACCUGCCGUACUCGAGCUAUGUUCAGCUCGCGCUCCAGACCAACAUCGACAGGCUCUACGUUGCCGCCGUUCUCAGCGUACAUGUCCUCCUUAGCUUGUCGCUCUUCUCGCCGCUGUCGCCUCUUGCAUCCCUCGCUCUGCCACUACGGCCCACCCUCGUACUCCUUUCGACACUCGCCUUUGCUCUGGGUGUCCUCCCUCUCAUCGCUGCGCGGCGCUUGAGCAUCCGAGGAGGCAGCAGCUACUUUACCCCGAAGCCUCUUCUCUCGAGCAGUAUCAACGCUCUCGGUUUCGCCUUUCCCCUCUCGUCCCCGGGUGCCCACUACCUUUGGUCGUUGAGCAAUCCAAGCACCUGGCUCGCCGCCGCCUUAUAUGCGCUGUCGGGCCUCGCACUUGCAGGUACUCACGGACUAGCCCUGAUGCUUUAUGCGAACAAUGAAGAAGGACGGUGGUCGCCCUAUCUCACGGUACCCAUUCGCACCUCGGAUGGCUACCGGACCACUGCGACUAGACCCAACGAGCGACUCUUCUUCUUGAUAGGCUCCAAUCUCCUCUUGGGCGCUUGCUACAGCGUAUACCGAUCUUCCUCUCUCGCUCAUCCAUCGUCGAGCCUCUUAGGUUCCCCCCACUUUGCAUCGCAAGCUACCGUGCAAUCGGCCUCCUCUCGCAUCUCGGUGCAGCUUCGCCGUCGUCUGCCUACGGCCCUUAUCCUCGGCCUUGUCUUGCCCGCUGCACUUCUGGUAGGCUAUCUACCCAUUCGACGCCCCCUCUUCCGGCUUCUCCUUUCGAUAAUGGGCCACCACUCGCCCCUGCGCCCAAUUUUCAUCCCUUCAUUCCGCUCGAGCUUCCUCAGCAUCGGCCUCUUGGUGCGCACGACAGCGUUAGGCAUCGUCAGCGCUCUCGCAUGGGAGACGGUCUCUGUUCUCUGGGACGUCUUUGCCACACAGCCAUUCACCGACCGAGGCGGGCUCAGUGCCUUCUCCCGCGCGCCGAAGAAUUGCCUCAUCAGCGGCAUACAGGCCAGAAGAGAUGCCACGGUCGAGGGACCAGAUCGGAGGGAGCCAAAGGAGGCGAGGGAGUAUUACAGCCACUUUGCCUUUGCUGAGCAGGCGGUGCUGGCAGCGACGGAACCAGAUCGCAGAAAGGCCAUCUUUCGCGAUGUUGGGUCCUCGACGCCAGGAGCCGCUGGUGCGGCAAAGAGCUCCUGGCAGUUGCUGGCGCAGGAGUGCUUGGCCGUGAUCGACGAGGAGCGGGUGCACAUCGCCAGAAGAGGGCAAGCUCAAUCAACAGUGGCAACGUCUUCGUCGUCCACGGGCACCAUUACAGCUUCUGCCUCUUCAAAAAAGCCCCUUGAUCCUUCUCACGAUGCGCUGCAGAGUGGCGCACAUAUCGUUAAGCCAGCCCAACAAACAAUUUGGGACAAGCUCGCUUCGUCGAGUGGCGGUAGCCAGCCAGCCAAGCCUGCCUCUUCCACGACGACCGCCGUCUCAUCGUCAACUCCAGCUUCCGACGCUGGGCUCAGUGACUUGCUGCAUCGCAUCGCGCCCAGACCGGAGACGGAUGUAUCUGCUGUCACCCGACAAGGUCCCGCUGUAAAGCGACCACCAACAACAUCUACCACGAGCAGUAGCAGCAGCACCGGAGGAGGCUACGCUUUCCUACACCAGGUCGUCUCUUCGAUGGUUCACACCACCUUCAGUCUCUUGCGCACAGCGUACCUUCUCCUCCCUUCCGAUCUACAACACGUCCUUCGCACAGCACCCGUCCUGCGAUCUCUCCCGCAAGUCUACUCCUACCUCAUAACCCCGGCAACAACGACGCUAAUUGCCUCGAGGACCAUGCCCGUACACGCGGCUCUCGACGUCUGGAGCAGUCAGAUUCUCUCUGCUCUGCUCGCGGCGAGCGUGACCGAAGACGAAUAUGGAAGUGUGGCACUCAGCGCAAAGGAAGGUUGCGGUGUCGAGCAGGUCGUCAGCGCACUGACCAAGCUCCUUCUCGAGAUCCAGUCUUGGCAGCAGCAACAGCAGCAAGUCGGCCAGUCAGACGAAGAAAAGGAGCUCUGGGAGCAAGAGGUAGAGCCGCUGGCCUCUGCGCUCCGAUCGGGCAUCACGAUUGUGCUUGCGGCCUUUGAACCAAAGGGGCACGUUUGGGCAAACGAGACGCAGGCUUUGUUGUCGAAGGCCUUCUCGUCGUGAGAGCUGCUCUGGAAAUGAAAAGAAAUGACAAUAAAGGAUUACUCAAGUCGCCCAGGUCUGUG